UCAGCUGAUCUGACUUGGCGACAAAAUAACGUAGCGACUGAAAUCUGUAAGGGAGGGGACCCACGAACAAAAACAUUGACACGGCUCGGAUGGAUUUUACAAACAGCGCCACUUUUUAAAGACUUUUAAAGCGACGUCGUAAGGAUCCCUCCCGGCUUGAUGGUCUCCGCUGUUAUCGGAGCUCUUUGACAUCGAUUGACUGCAGUUUUGUUGAUGUUUUGAAGUAUAUGUCGCUAGCUGCUCAUUUUUUGCCUGCUGCUACUGCGAGGAUCGCUUACUCAAAAACGACGGGCUUGAUUUAGACAAAGCCCCAACACGCACAGAACCGCUAGUUUGAAGGAAAGCGUUUCCUGUCUGGAUGCCACAGAAUUAUAUUUGUCGUUUUAACCACCGAGCUAUUUUUUAUGAUUAAGGGCCAGUCUGGCUGCUAGCUAGUUGUUACCUUGAUUUGCACAUUUCAUUAUUCACAAGGAAGAGUUCUUGGUCUGCUGACGGUUUCGUACACAUCUUUCACCUUUGUUAUUCUUGAUUGUUGUAACUUAAUUUGUGUGUGUUUGUGUUUAAUGGUAACUUUGAGGUACAAACAAGCUAACUGUUUGUUACAAGUCAGGUCUAUUCUUUGUGGUUACACUAAUAGCAAAUGGAUGUCGAUAUAACAAGUUGUUAUAGGCUUUAAAUGCACGUCAGUUAAAAUAACUUAUUUUAUUGUGCACAAAACAACAUUGCCCUUGUGAGAAUGCAGCUAAUUUAAGUUGACUUAGUAUUUUUGAGUAAUUUAGCCAGUAUUAUCACAGUGCUGUCGGAAAUCGCUGGUGCUACAGUUAAAAGCAUUUCCAAAAGGCAGUCAGCUGUAUUUUUAAGGUGACAGAAACGAUGAGUGGGCAUGGCUCAUCAUCUUCUGAAAAGGGAGUCAAUACAAGUCUAACAUGUCAAGAGAGUUAUGUCUGUGGUGGCUCUGAGCAGGCCGCUUUUGAUUGUCAAGAGUGCAGCACCUUGCAGUGUGUUCGUUGUGAUCUCGAGCUUCACAAUCAGAAGCGCUUCCAGAACCACGAGCGCCACCAGAUAAACCCGGGCCACGUCCCUUACUGUGACAACUGCAAAGGAGGGGACAAUGGAAAGCACAGCAGAUCGGUCGUCCGUUGCCAGAGCUGCAAAGUGAACUUGUGCCAAGAGUGUCAAAAGCGCACUCACAGCGGAGGGAACAAGAAGAAACACCAGCUCAUAUCGUAUCUUCUGCCACCGAAACACACGGAGCUCAAGUUUGUUCAAGCUUCUGUUCAGCCUGCUGUCCAAAUCGCUGAUGAGCAAAAGUCACUGAAGGCAGAACUCCUGGAAAAUGUGUCCAGUUUCCUCCUUGUUGAUGAAAAUGAGGAAAUGCAGAUAAAAGAUGAUGUUGCAUUUGUGAAGAAGCUGAACUGUGGCGCCAGACAGCUCCUAAAAGUGGUGUCCAUCUUUGGUAACACCGGAGAGGGCAAAUCCCACACCCUCAACCACACCUUCUUCAUGGGCAGGGAGGUGUUCAAGACUUCCCCCACGCAGGAGUCCUGCACGGUUGGAGUGUGGGCGGCCUUUGACCCCUUCCAUAAUGUAGUGGUCAUUGAUACAGAGGGGCUGCUGGGGAACAGUUCCAAACAGGGCCAGAGGACCCGUCUCUUGCUCAAGGUGCUCGCCAUCUCCGACCUCAUCAUUUACCGCACCCACGCAGACCGCCUCCAUGAUGACCUCUUCAAAUUUCUUGGAGACGCCUCGGAAGCCUAUUUGAAGCAUUUCACCAAGGAACUGAAGGCCACCACGGCUCGCUGCGGUCUGGAUGUUCCUCUCUCUACUUUGGGUCCCGCUGUGAUCAUCUUCCACGAAACUGUCCACACAAAGCUUCUUGGCAACUCACACGAAUCAGUUGACCGGCUGUUGUUGGAGCGUUUCAAAAAGGUUUCCCGUUUCCCGGAGGCCUUCAGUUCUGUUCAGUACUGGGGCACGCAGACUCUCACUCCGCCCACUGACUUCUGCGGCCUGCAGAAUAAACUGGAGCAGCUCCUGGACAACAAUGCCACGCGUUCUCCACGCACGCCUGUGGUCAUCUUCAAAGCCCUGCUGGCGUUAAGUGAGCGCUUCAGUGGGGAAAUUGGAGACGACCUGGUAGCCCACAGUUGCUUCUUCCCUGAUGAGUACUUCACUUGCUCCAGCUUGUGCCUCAGUUGUGGAUCUGGUUGUAGGAACAGUAUGAACCACCUCGGAGAAGGAGUCUGCCAUGAGGCAAAGCAUCGUUGUCGCUAUUCAGUUCAGCAGGAUAACCGCAUUUUCACCUGUAAAGCUUGUUAUGAAGGUGGCAAAGAAGUGAUUGUCAUCCCGAAGACCUCAGCUUCCUCGGACUCACCUUGGAUGGGCCUCGCCAAAUAUGCCUGGUCAGGGUAUGUUAUUGAAUGCCCCAACUGUGGAGUGAUCUAUCGGAGCCGUCAGUAUUGGUAUGGGAACCAAGACCCAGUGGAUACAGUAGUCCGCACCGAGAUCCAGCAUGUUUGGCCAGGGUCAGAGGGCUUUUUAAAGGACAACAGCAAUGCAGCGCAGCGUCUUUUGGAUGGAGUGAAUUUGGUGGCCCAGUCUGUAUCGGAGCUCAGUGUCAAGCCUGCUAAGGCCGUCACCUCCUGGCUGACAGACCAGAGUAGAAAUUCAAAUCAACAUUGCAACGUAAUAGAUCUCAUAUGCGAAGAUGUAUGCUUUGAGCAGAGAGCCUUACAUGCAGCUCAUGAGGAGGAGGAGGAGGAAGGCGGAACACUCGCCAGGAAGGUUGGCGAGGCAGUGACCAACACCAUAGGGGUUGUCGUCACCGCUAUUGACAUCCCACUUGGCCUGGUGAAAGAUGCCGCCCGUCCUGCCUACUGGGUGCCCGACCAGGACAUUCUCUCUUGCCACAUCUGCCGACGCGAAUUGACUGCCAAACUGUCCAAGCACCACUGCCGCGCCUGUGGCCAAGGGGUGUGCGACGACUGCUCCCCGGAGCGUCGAGCGGUGCCGUCUCGCGGCUGGGACCACCCCGUGCGCGUAUGCGCCAGCUGCAACCAAAAAGCCGGAGAUCUUUAACAGAGAUGAUCUUCCAUUACUCAGAAUACUUGGACAGAACCGCUCGCUUUGUUGUCAUACCUCUGCUUCUCCAGUGGUAUUGUAUCUGUGGAGAGGACGUGCUUAGGUAUACUGUAUGUAGGACACUUAACCAAAUUUGGGAAGGUGAGCGUUCAUGUGGCCUUUGUAGAGCAACCAGAAUCUGUGAGUUACUUGACUGAGAGUGUAAUAUGCAUUUCCACUCUUGAUUAUUCAAUGUGUAUAUUGGAACUCUUAUUGAUACAUGUCCACAUGUGUAUGAUAGAUGGCUGAUGAGCUAUUUUUCUACUAGGAGAAAAUAUUUUUUAAAAAAGUAACAUUUAAAAAAUACUAGGUAGUUGAGAGUGUUAUUAGAUUCCAGACAUUCUUUUUAUCAAUGAGUAUUGUCAUAAUAUAUGUGUAAUGGCCAAGAGAUGUUUGAUAUGCGUGCAGGUUACAUUGCAUGCUGUGUUCCAACUUUUUAGUUUUUGCACUAAGCUUUUCUUCAGCUGUUAUAGGUUGUUGCUAACCAUGGCCAAAAUAACGGAUGUCCAAAUUUUGGAUAGAUCUGCCGUGCCAAGUCAUUCAGGUCACUGUGUCCGUGCUGGUAUGAUAUUUAUAUUUUACCAAGUCAGUUGUGGGUGUAUGAUGACGUAGAACUGUUUGCAGCUUGGAAAUGUAGUUAUGUUUGAGAAUUGAUGUCAAAACAAAAAACAGCUGUCUGAUAUGCAUGACAAUAUAUGAGAGCCUUAUGGUCAUUUACUUUGUUUUUUUGAGGUUGCUGUUUGAAUGACUUCAUCUCUUUUACCAGACAGUACGUUUAAACACCAGUACGUUUAAAAAACGUAAUUUUUAACGUUAUUAUUGAUGGCUGCUUUAUUUUUGUUUUUGCUUUUUUUGUCCCUAAUUCUGUCAUGCUCUUUGUCCCUUAGACGUGUAAUUUUUUUCCCAGUUUUUAACUGUCAUUGAAAAUAUAUUUUGCCAUUUUUCCCCAACCUAUAUUUCUUUUCUCCAUUUCACAUAUGUAUUGUUCAUCCUAUGUAGACUGCCGCUCGAACAAUAUGAAGUGACUGAGACGUCAUGUAUCUUUUUUGUUUUGCAUCACAACAUGUCCUGUGUCACUACCUAAACGUAAUGCCAUGGAAGAUCAACGCCUUAGAAAGGCUUGUCUUUUGUUUUAAAUUUAAGUGAAUGUAACAGUCGGCUACACAUAGACAUUAAAGGGCAAAGAAAAUACGAUACUGAUGAAUCUUUGCCCGUUAACUUCUCUGGUCCAAAAAGGCCUCCUGCAUGACUUGAUUUGACAAUGUUGUAUCGCACUCCGACAUGACAUAGCAUUGCGCAGGAUAGAAUAGGAACUACAUCAUGUCGUAUAACUGGAGUUCAUUCCUUU